AUGUCAACUCCACCGUCUUCAUCAUCAUCACCACCAUCCCCAUCCCUGGAGGGAGCCGCCGGCGGCCGCGUAGGGCCGCCGGCGUCGUCGUCGUCAUCUUCCCGUAGUAGAAUGAGGUCCGGCGAUGAGGUCUGGCCGGAACCCUUCAUCGAGGCCCUUGCCCUUCGUGUAGCCACCGAUGCGUCUCGUAAUCUCGGCCGCCUUUACUCCGCCCAAGCUCUCUCCAACAUUUUUCAGGUAUGCUCGACGUGGCACGCCACGUCGUGGUCCGAUCUCUUGUGGCGCCACCUCACCCAACGCGUCUGGAACGCCGAUACCCUCCUCCACGACAGCUGGCGGGACGAGUACAUCCACCGCCACCGGACUGCCAACAACUUCCGGCUAAGCCGUGCGGCCUACACCCCUCUCUACUUCUAUCCGGCGGCCAACAACGAGAACAACGACGGCCUUGCCUGCCGCCGCCUGGCCCUCUCCGACCGCCACCUUGCCGCCGGAUUCGCCAACGGGGCAGUCCACCUGUACCGGCUCCCGGACGGGGCCCACCUCUCGGCCUUCCACCCGACGCCGCGCCAGGACAGGCUCGGCCGUUUCUCGGGCGCCGUGGCUGGAAUUGUGCUCACGGACGUGCGCGUCGUGUUCGCCACACUGGGCGGCGACGUCCACGUGGCAAACUUGGGUGAUGGCGUGGGGCCCACACCGCCACUGAGGCGGGCGUACGCGGGUGACGUAGUGAACGACGGGGUGCUGGUGGAUUUCACAGGGUGCGAGCGCUGGUGGGUAGGCCUAUAUGCAGGCACGUGUGUGCCAGGACAUGGGCUGCGCGUAUGGAAUAGAGUAACCGAAGAGCUCGUUUUUGUUGGGGGCACCUUAACCGACCCGGAGGCAGUUACAGGGUGGCACAUGCUGACCGAGCCUACACAACCAAUCGGUCGGGUCCGCAUAACAAGCCACGGCCGCAUGGCAGUGGCGUGCACCAGUGUUCGAGUCAUAGUCUUUGACUUGGAAAGUCACGUCGGGAUGAUAUUAGGAGAGGAGGAAUUCCAAAGGGAAAUCAUUGUGGGUUCGUUCGAUACGGUCAACGAGUCGACGCUGAUGGUCGACGCGCGCGGGUCGGCCACUAUUCGAAGGGUGCCUACAUUGGAGGAAUCGUGCGGGUUCCUAGUGAGAGGAAGCCGGCUCGGUUUAGGGGAGGUUUUGGGGAGCGUAAACGGUGGGUAUGGGGUGGUGUUGGUUAAUGGGGUGGUUAAGGUUUGGGAUAUUGAGGUUGGUAGAUAUUUGUACAGAUUUAGGGAAACAAUUGGGGAUUGUAGUGCCUUAGUGACGGAUGAUAGGUAUGUGGCCGCUUAUUCAACUGAUGGGACUAUACAUCUAUGGGACUUCGGGUUGUCAUAA